UAUUUCUAUGAAAAUGCAGCAAACGUUUAUAUCAAGCUCCUCAUUUUAGUUGUCUGCGUUUUGGGACUUUUCGCAAAUGGAACUGUCAUCUGGAUUCUUGGCUUCCACAUUAAAAAGGAUUUUUUCACCAUCAGCAUGCUGAUGUUGGCUGUUGCUGAUAUCUUGGUAGUCCUCAUACUGCUAUUUUUUAUUACUGUAUCUUGUGUUCUGAGUAGUGAAACAGAUUAUAUAGUCCUAUCUGUUCUUUUCUUAGUAUUUGGGGGGCUAGUCCAGUCUAUGUACACCAUUGGCCAACUUCUACUGACAGCCAUCAGUAUUGCCCUCUGCUGGUCUGUCCUCUUCCCAACUUGGAAUGGCCUCAGUCAAUACCUACCACGUUUGUCCUUCAAAGCAUGUGUCCUAAUCUGGGUCUUCUCUUUCAUGCUGUCUGGGAUUCAGAUUGCUUUUGAUAUGACUGAUCCCUUUGCCAUUUCUUUCCUGAGGCCCUGUUUUAUCAUCAAUGUGCUGAUUUCCACAAAAUCCAUCAUUGUCUCCAUUCUGACACUUUUCAUCAAAAUCUCUUUUAAAUCACACCACCAGCAACCUUUAAAAAUGAUCUUGCUCACUCUACUCUCCUUCCUCUUCUUUACUUUUCCACUCAAUGCCUUUUACUUCACUAGAGCAUAUAUCUAUCACCCCUAUAUCCCGGAACUUUGCUUCUUAUCCGCCUCCAUUAACUGCAGCAUUAAACCAUUGAUUUGUUACCAAGCUGGGAGAAAGCAGAUGGGUUGUUGUAGGGGGAGUAUGGUGGUCACCCUCCAGAGCCUUUUCCAGGAAGAUGAAGGAUGUAGAGAAGAACAGUUGUUCCCCAUGCCACCUCUGAGAUCCUUCACAAGUCCAACUUCAUGUCCUAACCCUAUACAAGGAAACAGUCACAGUGAGAAGCAGAGCGAUUAUGCCAAUUGCCUUGAGGGGAUGGAAGAAACAGUCCCCUGAGCUUUGUAAAUUCAACUCCCUACAGUACUUCUGAAAGGGUUUCUAAAUGUGUCGCUUCCAUUUGGCCUCCAGUUCAACUGACUAGUUCCUUUUCUUCCCCGUGUACUUCCUCUGGAUCUGGGCUUUGUUUUGUUUCAUUUGA